UGAAUUAACAGUGGAACUUUGUGGGCCGCGCUUAAUUUGAGCAACAAGCAUUCAAUCUUAAAACUCUUUUCCUCAUUUCUGUUGUCCUGUUUCCUUAUUCUCUCAUCUCUUCACUUUCACUUUGAUGUUGGUUAAAGGGAAAAGGAGGAGAGAGGCAGAAAACGAAAAAAGGAUUCUUUUUCCCUUAAACAUCACUCCAUCAAUAGAAUGAAAGAGUGAAAUUCAGGACCUGGAAUUGUAAAGACAUGUGAGUAUGCUAAUAACACUCUGUACAGUAAAAUAAUUGAAACAACAAGAAUGCUGAAGAAGGUGUUGGUAAUGGUGGCAUCGAAGUAUUCGGGGAUCAAGGCUAAGAUGAGAGAAAUAGAGACUCGUCUCAUCAUACAUUCGCUACUGUUGCAGGAAAAGAAGAUGGUGUCCCAAUGCUUUAAUGUGCAAAACAUGUUUGAAGAUGAAGAUGGCGGAUCAGAAAAUACUAACAGCAACUCCUUUGCUGCAACUCCAAACAGCAUAAUGUUGUUGCCCGAAGAAGAAGAAGAAGAAGAAGAAGAAGAAGAAGAAGAAGACGACGACGACGACAACAAAUCUUAUUGGGAUCAUUCAGUAUCCUCCAUAGAAAUGGUAAAGAAUGCAAUAGAGGCACAGGGGAAGGAGUUUAGACUGGAGGAGGACAUUGACCAGGUAGCAGACUUGUUCAUCCAAAGAUUUCAUCACCAAAAUAGGUUUCAUCACCAUUCUUUUCCUACAUCUCCACACUAGCUCAUUGCCUUCUCUCCUUUUCUUUU